AUGGAUGGGACACCAGUUGUGGUGACUGUGAGCUUCGCUCCCGAAACGGUCGCUCAUUGUUUACGUUUCAUCUAUACCGAUAAAGUUGAAAUUUGCGACAUCGAUAGCCAAAAGCCCUGGAAUGCUGCGCAUAUUCCUUGUUGUGUCUUGGCGUAUACCGCUGCUGUCUACUUGCGUAUGGCGAAAAUGACAUGCCAUCUUCUUCGCGUGAUCGAGAAUACUUCCAGUGAACUUGGAGCUCUAAUACGUAGAGACCAUAUCUCUCAAAAGCCGGACUGCUCCCAAUGGGUCCAAUUCUCAUGGCACUAUCAGAGGGCAUUGGAUAUCAUUGUUCGGGGACAGCCUCAGAAGCUGAUGGUGCCCAUGAGGCUAGCUAUGGCAAGCAUCCUUGAUGCUGUGCUCUUCUGGGUGGUACGGCAUCCUCUUUUUGCCAGCGACCUGAAAAGGCCGUGGCAAAAGAUUCUGGAAAAUAGUAUGCAUGAUAUUGCUGAGUAUAAGCAUCUGUGCCGAAGCGCCCAUUUAUUCAACAGUCCGUUGCCAGAUGAGUUGGCAUUGUUGGAGCUAUUCGAACAAACUAAAGCAGAAAAGAAGCCACCAGAACCUUCAAAGUCAGUGGGGACACAAACAGAAGACGAUGGUUCUGACCAAGAAUUGAAGGGCCAGAGAAGUGAUUUUUCUUUCACUCAUCGCGAGAGACGAGGCUCGCUGUAA